GUUCGCGGGUUCGAGUCCGGGCGUGUGCAGGGCUGAAUCGCGCAGGUUCAACACAACGCAGGUUACACACAGUAAAUAGUGAGAUGAUAAUCCAGCUCAUUAAAUAGUGAGAUGAUAAUCAAGCCCAGUUAAUAGUGCCAUGAUAAUCCAGCUCAUUAAAUAGUGAGAUGAUAAUCAAGCCCAGUUAAUAGUGCCAUGAUAAUCCAGCUCAUUAAAUAGUGACAUGAUAAUCAAGCCCAGUAAAUAAUAAGAUGAUUUGUCAAUCCUGUGCAUGACCCUGUUCUAUGAUGUGCACUCACAGGAUUCCCUGAUAUUAUCUUUGGUUUUCAGUUAAGGAUCUAUGAGUAAUAAUAGAACUUUUCCUGAUGUCUAUUUAUUCAUCAUGAUUCAUUGAUGUUGUACCAGUUGCCCUAGUAAUUAUGUUGCACUAGCUGAUGAUGUAUAAGUUGAUGUACAAGACCUAGCGUAUGCUGCACUAGUUGAUGUUGCACCUGUAUUGUGUUACAUUGGUACAUUAGUGCACUGGUUGCUGUUUGUGGCUUUGAUUCUCAGGGAGCAAACUAAGUGAUGUGUGCGUAGGUACCACGUGCCACAGUGUAGCUCUGCUCAGUGACCGGGCUGGGUCGGUUCUGUUCCUCAGUGAUCGUUAACACGGGUCCGGGCUGGGUCGGUUCUGUUCCUCAGGGGCUGGGUCGUUCUGUUCCUCGGUGACUGUUGACAUGGGUCUGGGCUGGGUCGGUUCUGUUUCUCAGGUGUACCAGGGCCUGCUGCAGCGAGACACGGAGCUGGUCAUGAACGUGACGGGUCAGGAGGGAGACCUGCUGGACGUCCUGGUGGAGAACAUGGGGCGGGUCAACUUCGGCAGCAAGAUCCACGACAACAAGGGCAUCCUGGGUGAGCUCAUCCUGGGAAGGAACGUGCUCACCGAUUGGCUGAUCUUCCCUCUGGACAUCGACGGCGCCAUCUCUAGCGGUUGGCCCCACACGGUGCUCCAAGGCUCCGAGGGGCCGGGCGAUGGGACGGGACCCACCGUCUACAUGGGCACUCUGCCGCCCAAUGGCCUGGCUUGGGACACCUACCUCAAACUCACCGGCUGGACCAAGGGUCAGGUGUGGAUUAACGGGGUGAAUCUGGGCCGGUACUGGCCCACGCGUGGUCCGCAGCAGACGCUGUACGUGCCGGGGCCGCUGCUUAGCCAGUCCCGACCCAACAACAUCACAGUGCUGGAGCUGGAGGCGGCACCUGCCCACCCGCGAGUGCUCUUUAUGGACCGCCCGCAACUCAACACCACACCUGGGAAACCAUGACCAGACACACACACACACACAAAACAGACACACUUCACGUGGACCGCCCGCAACUCAACACCACUGAGUGGAAUUAUACACACACACUCUUUAUUCACACUCUUUAUACACACACAACACACACACACACACACUCUUUAUUCACACAAACACUCUUUAUUCACACACACACUCUUUUCAUGGACCACUCACAACUUGCCAUAGAGGUGCCAUGGCUACAAUGCCAUAAAGGUCAAACACACACACACACACUUUGCUGCUGCUGCACAACUGAUCAUUCAGCAUGUUUGCUUCCCUACCUGACUGGAGGUAGAGGGAGAAAUUCAACCCCAAACUCUCCACCUUCCCCAGAUCUUAGCCAAUCAUCACCGUGCACAUCUACCAAAACUGUGCCCACACAUGAAGCUAAAGAUUAGACUAAAUGCCAUAUAAGUAUUCUAGUGAAGUGCUUUAUUAAUGAAGGAGCGUGUGAUGUGAUCUCAUUGCAAUGUCAUGACCUCUCACCCAACGUAAUGCAGAGUCGACAGACUGGACAACUACACUGAAGUCCUGCAGUAACAGACUGGACAAUCAGGACUAGCACUCAAGCCAAAUUAGCUUGAUGUCAGGUUAAGUAAAUGAACUGGUAAGAUAAUGCAAUCCCUAUUUGAGGUCCUGUUAUAUAACUGCUGAUCAGCUGAUCAAACUGCAAACUUGUUUUCUGAUUCACACACAGAGUCAAUUGAGGAUUCUGCGCUCAAUAAUUCAUUUAUUUUUGGUUAUUUUUUCAUCUCUCUGUAGCAAAUCCAUCCAGACACAUUUCAAGCAGCUUUAUACAAUUCAUGUAAACAUUGUAAAAGACCAAGGGGGUUUAUCUCUCAAAGCAGCAUCUGUGGGCACCCCCCAGAAGACACUCUUAAGUGUGUACACGCUGGGAUUGACCAAGGAUGCUUUAUGAGAGACCCCUCAGAGGUAAACCGUAAGUCACUGGUUGAUUCAUGUUAUGUGACACUAUACAUCUCAACAACCACCACGGAGUCUUAUCACCAUGUCCCAACAUUGUGGUUGAAAGAGACCCUGGCUGGGAAAUAUACAAAUGGACAACACCAAAUUGUAAGGAGUAUGGUGAGGUAUGGAGACACACGUCAGGCUGAUGUGCCAGGAACUCUCACUGAGAUACAGGAAGUGUCAUCGUUCUGGAACUCUGCUGUUCAACUGUUGUGAUCAUGAACAUGAUGUUUGCUGUGCUUCUCCUCAUUUCAUAUACAAGAUUUUGUAAAUAUGUUGUUCAUUUGAGAUAGAAUUAAACCGAUUUUUAAAUAA